AUGACUGCAACAGUCAGCCUAUCACUGGAAGUGAUUCGACACUGUCACGGUUUCGAAGACGCUUUCGACGCUUUUCUAUCAGCUUCCUCGUCGGUGAUUAGCAUAUCGAAGUUGCUUUUGCAUCGCGUGAAUUGGCGAGAUAAAUUAAUUCUAGUGCAAGCGAUUAUUCACGAUUGGACUUCCGUCAAAAAUCCUCACACGCGCGAUAUAAUGCUCAAGUAUGCGCGCACAGUCCUGCAGAUGCUACAGGUUCUCGUCAAUUGUAUCUCACAAUGCGGAAAUGAUGGAUUCUUCUUCCAACUUACAAUGCAUGUAUGCGGACAGUUCGAGGUUCUUAGGAUGAACUUUACUGAUAUAAUUAGUAAACAAUCGCUUUCCCACAAUAAACUUGGCAUCCUGUUGAAGAGACAUCAUCGUCUCAUAGAUCUGGCGCAUCAUCUGCAAGAAGCAUACAGUCUGGUCAUCUUGUCGCAGCUUUUAAUGAGCGUCCUACUCUUAUGCAUCGAGGGCUUUCAAUUAAUUCUCACACUUUCUAUACACAAUACAUUUGCUGCUAUGAAACACAUUCUUUUCAUCAUGGUGCUGCUGGUACAACUUUUUAUCUAUUGCUUCGCCGGGCAAACAUUAGAGUCUCAAUCGCAAGAACUUGCCUACGCUAUCUAUGAGACACCAUGGUAUAAUGUUGAUAUAAAUGUGAUGAAAGAUUUGCCAUUGAUGAUACUUCGAGCAGCUAAUCCUCAUCGGUUGACUGCAGGAAAACUUCUAGCAAUAAAUUUCGAGAGUUUUAAAGAAAUUCUGAAGGCUUCCGCCUCAUAUCUGUCUGUAUUAAGGGUAAUGUUGGACACGUGA